AGUUUAGCGAAGGAUACCGAAGGAAUGCGAAACUGGCAAAGCCAUUACUUUACCUCUGCAAAACUCUGGUCAUCGCCAUUGCGGACUCAUUUCUCGGUUUUUUAUGGUUUUCUCGGCUUUUUCGGUUUUUUCUUUUAGGGUCAGUUAAUUUAGGCGCUUAUCUAGAAAUUUGCAUGCCUUUGACCCUUCUACUGCGUCGUAAUUCUCUAGUUCACAGUGCAGUCCUAACCCAUCGCAUUGGUGACAGAUGACUCUAUUCUAAGAAAAAUGUACGAAAAAGAAAAAGAAAUUCAGCUAGAGGCUGCGAAACAAGCCAAAUCUUUUUGCUUGAGCUCUUCUGUAAGUUCUGACAGCUUUUUGCCGAAAUACAGCGAAAACUCCUAUUCACAUCUGGACGAUAUGGAAAAAGGUUGCUUAUGUUUACAUUCUGAUCCAGCUCCACCGUACCCAGAAAACAAAGAAUCUUCCAUAAACAUGCGACUAAACCUUUCCUUCGAAUCAAUAACGAAUUUCUUCAUGACAUUAAGGAGUCUCUUCAUGGCAUUACCGUCUCUAGUUUUCUGGCCGGCAAAAAUUGCGAGAAUUCCUGAAGCACGACGCAGACAGGAGAAUGAAGCUCUCCGGCUUGGUUGGUGCUUUAUUGGUUCAAUCGUAUUGGACUUUUUCUUUUCUUACUUUUUCCUUGUCCCCUUUACAAAGGAAUCGAUGAAAGAAUUUGUAGGGUUACGGUUUCAGAUUGCUCUAGCGAUUGUUCUUGUCAUCGCGGCUUUCUACAUGUUCUUGUUUGUUUUUUCACUGUUGCUGGAUUUUAUUGCUUUAGUGCUUUCUGGGAUUGCUUCUUUGAUUUCUGGGAUUGCUUCUUGGAUUCCUUGGAUUGCUUCUGGGAUUGCUUCUUGUAUCAUUGCUGCUCUUGGUUUCAGGAUGUCGUCGGAAAGAAACGACUCGACGGAUGGUAACUGGAUCCCACUAAACACUAUGCCAGUAGGGUCUGAAAAUCAAUCCAACAAUCGUAGUGAUAAUACUGCCGGACAACCAUCAUCUGAAUGUUUUGAGCAACAUCCAAGGACACAUCACAAACCGAGUCAGGCUAGGGAUGCUGAAAGCACUGGAAACGAAUCUCAUGCUUGAACCAUUCUUAUGAUGAUGUCCUGUCUUUUCAUUUAUUCUCUAUGCAGGCUUGUGUUUUCUUUAAAUGUUUUAUUUUGUUUCUUUCGUUUCCCGUUGUAUUUAUUUCCGUUGAGCUUUUGCAUAUAAACACAUUUCAUAGGCCGUUGUUGUUAAAGCUCUAUUGGUUCCAUCGAGGCUUUGCGGCUUUGAGCAAGGAACAAGUGAGGUCGUCGUGGGAUGAUAUGGAUCGUUGACUCUCUAGUUGGUUCUUUC